UUGAACAUAAUUUUAGACACUUUUGGUGUAAUCGGUAAGACCUUCAACAAACACGAACAUUUUCGGGUAGUCAUCUUUUUCUGGAAACAAAAUACUUUUUCGCUUCCACUCGCUCUGAACCUACACUUUUUAAAUAUAUAUGACUACGGAGAUUUUGAAUAUGUUGGCAACAUCACAAUCAGUACACCCUCCCAGCAACCUAUCGUCGUGCUUGGCACCGGAUCAGCCAAUCUCUGGAUUCCAGGAAAUAACUGCGAUUUACUAGCGGAGAGCUUCAUAAAGAAAUUUUUUUUAAAACCGCUUUAUAGCGCCGCUGAAGAAUCAUACAUAAUUUCCUGUGAUGCUACACCAGAACCUAUUGACAUAACCAUUGGCAACAGCACAUAUUCCAUUAAAUAUGUUAACUACAUUGUACGCGUAAGUUUCACUCUAGCGCACUUAUUUUCACUCCACUUGAGAAAUUUGAAAAUCGCUGGUGUUUUCUUCACGAGCAGACCCGGGGUUGUUAAUAACAAAACUUAUCCAAUUACGGCUGACUUUUCGGCUUUAUCGCCUUUUUCAGAACUGUUUUGUUCUUUCCUUUGA